AUGACUGAAAAUCAGAAGUCUCAGAUUAUAAGUAAAUUUGCUGGAGAAGCUUUUGGUGUCGACAACAUUCGGACAGUUUUUGUCAGCGCUGCAGAAGAUAAUAGGGAAAGGGAAGACCGAGUUAUUUUGCUCAUCGGCCCUGCCGGUACAGGAAAAUCGACCUUAAUCGAUUGCCUAUGCAAUUAUUUUUAUACUUUCGACCAUACAACACCGGUGAAAGCAAUUAUAAAAUAUGUUUUCAAUGAAACUCAUCUACCGUACAGACCAAUAGUUUUUUUUUUUGAACAUUAUAUUCAUAAAUUCAAGGAGAUUCAUACCGAUCAAAGAUCAAUAGUCAUCAAAUUCUAUCGUAAAUGUUCUUAUCAGUAUGCAGUUUAUUUUAUGCGUUUU